CAGAAUAGGAGGAUAUGAUCUUGUGUAUAGGUGAAUUACUUCCCUCCUUGGUAUGUUUACCCUUCACUCUUUACUCAGUCUUCUACGUUUUCAUUUUAACUUUAAUACUGCCACCCUUUCCCUCUCCGGAUCAGAAAUAAUGUAAGUACAGCAUGCCGGUGUGGGCACACUGUUUUAAGUAAUGCAACACUUCUGGGCCUAGCUUCCACAUGCGCAGGAGCAGUACUAGCCAGCCAGUCAGCUAUGUUGUCUCAUGCAUCAUGUGGGCCAUUGUAGGGAUGUGCGGAACUGGUCCUUCGGUCCGAUCCGGCACAGGUCCGCGAACUUUAAAAAAAAAUAAAAGUAAAAGCAACUACCUGUAGCCCCUUCGGGGGGCCUGCUGUAGCCGUGUGUGUGUGUGUCCCGCGAGGGUUCCCUCUCCCCCGCCAGCCUCACUCAUCACCACCGCGGCUGGGUAAAGGUAGUCUUUUUGGCCCUUUGGGGCCUCCAUAAAGCAAGCGGCGGCCAUUUUGGCACCGCUGUGCAUGCGCAAAUGCCCUCUUGAGGCCUGUCUGGCCUCGAACCGAACUGGGCCAGACAGUUCCAUGCACACCCCUAGACCAUUGUUCUGUAGUCAGGAGCAGGGUUGGGAAAGACUUCACUCUUUCUUUGCCACCAUAGUAUGUUUGAUUCCCCCCCGCCUAUUAUGUGCUUGUAAGUGUUCAGUUGCAGAAGGUAGUGUGGGUUAAGGGCCCAAGAAUAUUGUUCUGCACUGGGUCCAUUCCUACCCCUCCAGUAUUCUUCAAUCCAGAAGUACCUCCAGUCUUUCCAUUUUUCCAAGCAACGAGUAGACAACAAUAAUCAGCUUUAUUCACAUCACUUACAUGUUGCAUCAGUUAUCUCCACCAGCAUGGUGGUGUCAUGAUCCGAGACCCUGGAGUCCCCCAAGUAAAGAAUGGGAUGGACAGUCCUGAUAAGAGUCCAUUUGGGAGACACUUCUGAACCAGGCAUGUGGUGAUCUCAUGAAUUCAUGAACUCCUGCACUGGAGGAACCCAAAGAACUUCAGUCCCAAGGACACCACCAAAGCCCAAGGAAACAGCCCUACCUGUUGGGAAUUCUCUCUGUGAGGACCACUUUGGCAAAACAAACAACUUUCAGUGUGAGAGGUGUGCUGACCUCCACGAGUGCCGCACUUUCUCCAGCACCAAGCAGGGAGGGGAGAUUUCAAGAAAAGUAGAAUCCUGCGAAGCCCCAACAUUCAUUGUAGAAGGUGUGGAAACAAGUGAAUGAUCCUGAGACAUGAAUCUUGAUUCUGUCUGCAACUUAAUGGACGACAAGCAACUUCUCAGGAAACAAACACAAGAGACUUGGGAAGCUGUAGGAAGGGAUUGCACAAGAACAUGUAGAACCUGUAACUCAAAUUUAAUAUCAAGAGCUUGUCCAUUUCCGUCUUACCACCCCUGUAUGCAUAUUUAUAAUAGCAGUGACUGGGAGAUUUGUGAGGAGCUACGACUUCGAGAGCUUGAAGAAGCCAAGGCCAGAGCAGCCCAAAUGGAAAAGACCAUGCGAUGGUGGUCAGACUGUACUGCCAACUGGCGGGAGAAAUGGAGCAAAGUUAGAACAGAAAGAAACAGAGCCCGUGAGGAAGGAAGGCAACUGAAGCUAAAGCUGGAAGCCACAAUGAAAGAGCUGAGUGCUCUGAAAAAAAUCAACCAAGGAUUACUUCGUGAAAAUGAAAUGGAAGCUGAAAAUAUUUGGAAACGUAACUUUGAUUCCUCUGAAUUGUGGUGGAUGAAAGAAGAUAAUUUGGGACCUCUGGAUAACGAGCCUGUUGAACAUGUACAGAACAACACGAUUUUUGAGGGAGAAAGUGUCUGCCAGGAUCUUUAUGCCAUUGAAAAAGCAUCAAGAGAUCAGAAAGAUGUGAGACUCAAUCUGGAAAUUCUUAAUUCUAGAGCAAAGUGUACAGCUUCAGUGUCUCUGGAAAAUCCUAAUCCAAAGAAAGAUGGCAAUCUAAUCCAUUCACAAGAUUAUGAUGAUAAUGACGUAAUACAUAUUUCUGUGUUGCACUUGCAUCUCCAUGAAUCACAGAAAAUCUUGCACAAGGAACAAAAAAUCCGCUCAUCCCUGGAAAAGGAGGUACAGAACCUGAAGUCUGAGAGAUCUGCAUGGAAACUGAAAUAUGAAGAGCUGAGGAAGUCCAAACAGGGAACUUUAAAACAGUGUGCUGUACAGAAUGAUGUAUGUAAGAAUGAAGUGGAAGGAAUUAUAGAAGAUUUAGAAGACCAUGGAGCUAGGUCUAAGAAAGAUAUGAAGAUUUGGGAGUUACAGGCAGAGAUUGAGAGACUUCAAUCUGAAAAUGCAUCAGAGUGGGGGAAAAGCAAAAUACUUGAAACAGAAAAACAAGAACUGGACAGAGAGAACAGAAGACUGAAGACCCAGGUGAAAGAUCUUCAAGAUCUUGUCAGAAAAAGUAAACUACCUGCAAUUCAUUUGUGUGGGGAUCUCAAGACAACACAAAAUGAACUCCUGGGAAUAAAUAAGGAAUUUAUGGAUCUGCAGCAGAGUGACAAUGAGCAAAACAAGCAGGAGCAAGAUAUACUGGCGGAGCUGAUGCGCACAAGAAAGAAGGUGGAGCAGCAUAAGGCAGAGGCAAAGGAACUGAGCAUUCGAGUUGAAGAUCUAAGAAGGAAAUUAAAACAGGAAGAAAGCAAGGCUGCACGCAACCCAAGGAGACACAGAGAUGGGCACCUAGAGCACCUGUCUCCUGAGAGAAUCCCCCAGUGCACCGUACUCAGCCAGCCGGUCUAAACAUUGGACAUCAACUUUGAUAGCAUCAUUCUACUCAAGAGUACAUGGGCAACAACAGCACUGACUUUGUAUUGUUGAUUGCCACAGUGUUUGGUGGUCUCCAGAAACAUGGUUUUGCUCCUGUGCAUUAUCUUUUCUUUUUAAAUAUUAUAAUUAGCACUUACUGUGUGUUGCAGUUGAUAUCAUAAAUGUAUUUUGUGCUCAUGUACAAACUAGUUUGAUUAACUAUACUCUGACCCAAUGUAAAUUAUCCUUUUGAAAUGAAAAGAUCUUAUUAACACCCUUUUCAGUCUGUCAUCAUGUUGUUGCAGCUGUUGCUGAUUUAAUAAUAAAUAACAUGCUAGUAUUAUACUAAUAAAUAAUGCAGGUGAUAUUUAUAAGCUCUGUGAGAUUUUUAAAGAUGACAGCAUAUAUGGAACAAUUCUUGUUAUUCUUCAAAGCAUCAAAAUCAUUAUUCCUGCAUUGUCAUUGCUGUAGAUUAGCAAAUGCCUUAAAUGGAGCUGUGUGCUUUAUUUCUCUUUCAUCAAACUGACUUUAGCUAUUCAUAUUUUAAUAACAUUCUAUUCCAUAUGCUUGUUACCAGGGGAAAAUUAUUCUGAAGUUAUUUUGGGCUGCAACGUUUUUGGACAAUUUUAAUUGCCUACCUUUGCUAAGCAAUGGGUAUUCACUUGUGAUUUGUUUGUUGGAAAUACUUCUACUUUCACCAUCUGUACAUUGCAGCAAAUGAUUAGAAGCAUAAGAAUACAUUAUGAAACCAAACAGUCUAGGGAAAACUUGUCAAAAUUACCUAAUCUUGUAUAUGUAACUGUAUUAAGCUGUUUUACAAUGUAAGUUGCAGUACAGCUCCAUGAAAAGUUAACACCAAUCUGAAAAAGGAGCUUUGCAAAUGUAUAAAAUUGUAACAGAACAUGCAGUAUUCAGUAUGCACAGCAUGAACAUUUACUGGUAGAAAACAAACAUUGAAAACCUUUUGGAAGGAGACUAAAAGGUUAUGGCUUGGAUGGUCAUACUGUGGGACUGGAUUUUUAUUUAGCACAAAUUUUAGCCUCUUCUCAUAGCUGUUUUUCUAUUCUUCUUGUAUGUACAGGAGGAGAGCUGCUCUUGUGGUAGCAAGCAUGAAUUGUCCCCUUUGCUAAUCAGGGUCUGCCCUGAUCUGCAUUUAGAUGGGUAAUAGGAGUGUGCAAAACCGGUUCAACUGGGUCAAGCUCAGACUGGACCAGACCCGCAAAAGGGGGGCUGGUUUGAGUUCUAACUGAACUGGGCCAAGUUUGGAUUGAACUGGUUCAGCCUGGUUCGACUGGUUCAAGUGCUUUGCUUGUAAAGGGAAACCUGGUAAGAUACCCUCUUGCCCACCUUCAAACCCCUUUUUAGGUAGGGAACCCCUCUUGGCUUGUAAAAGGGAAUCCUUACCUGAUUCCCCUUUACAAGCAAAGCACACAAACCAGGUCAACCCAGUUCAACCAGUUUGACAACACAAACCAAAACACCAGCGGUUCUAAUGAACUGGUUCACAGACUGGGCAUUUCGAUUCGAAUUUGGUUCAAAUUCAACCUGAACCAUUGCUUACGUGCACACCCCUAACGGGUAACUAUGUGUGAGCACUGUUUGCUAUAAGAUAUUUCCUUUAGGGGAUGGGGGGCUCAGUGGAAGAGCAUCUGCAUGCUUGAGAUCUCAGGUUCAUUCACUGGCAUCUCCAGGUAGGGCUGGGAGAGACUGCCUGAAACUUUGGAGAACCACUGCCAAACAGUAUAGACAAUAUUGAGCUAAUGGACCAAUGGUUUGAUUCUAUAUAAAGCAGAUUCCUAUGUUCCUGUACCUUUUCCAGCAUCUACAAUACGCUACAAUAUAGUGGUACAUACAAUUUAAAAUCCUGGCUUCAAUCUCUGGCCUCUCCAGUUAAAAGAUGUUUCUUCAAAGGGAAAUUCAAAAUACAAUUUCACAUUUUCUCACGGAAGAUACUGUUUCAGGAUUCGUCCCAAAAAGAAACUUUCUGAGGCCAUUUCUCCACAGCCUGGAUCUUAGAGAGUCACUGCCAUGGAUAGAAACUGGUAAUGGACUAGAUAGGUCAUUGAUCUGAUUCAUUAUAAGGCAACUAUAUAUGUAAAUAUAUCUUUUCUCUCAUGCUCCCCCACCAGUUGCAGUCACCUUUCAUAAUCUCUUUAAAACAUAUGUAACACAUCUUUGGAAAAGAAAAAUAAGUUCAAUGACACUGUACACAGAUAAUUUAUCAGAUAUAGGAAUCUGACUAUGCCAUAUGAAAUGUUCAACAAGAAGUUUUUGCUUUGACUUAAGAGAGACUUAUGGAAAGAGUAAUAGACUGGAGUAUUGUUGGAUAUAUUAGUUGCUUCUUUUCUGUUCUGUAUUGGGCAUUUUGCAUGUUAUUUUCUAUAGUUUAAUAAAAUAUAAAUCAAAACAAUGGAAUACUAAAUAACAAAUGCGCAAAAGAGUUCUUACUGUAUGAAUGCACAAUGCAACUAUAUGGAGAUGCAACCGCAGACACUGUGAAAUUUGCAUAUUUAACACAUGGAUUCAAACUGGCUCACUUUGCAUACGUUAUUUCAAUAAAAGCAGACUUUUAGAA